AGGAAGUCUCGCCGCAUGGGUGUCUGUCAUCCCACCUUUGUCUCAAUGCGUCUGGCCUACAGUCAUCUGUCAUAGCUUGUCUAUCACCCUCGAAGGCAUAACAAUAUUGACUUCAGUCACAUCUUCAAAUCGCUCUACGUUCAAUCGACAACCUCGAUAUCUUCACCAUGUCGUUCGACUUCAACAGCCUCAAAGAUAUGAUCUCGAAAGAGAUGCCCCGCUGGCCCACCGCCCACCGAUCCAUGAACCCCGACGAAGACUUCGAGCAAGCAGAGAACCCCGUCAUGCCCGAUUUCGACGGCCAACAGCCCAUCACAAUGGAUCUUACCGAGCCGGUGCCGAUCGCAGAGGGACCGAAAAGCAACCUCGACCUCAUAAACGAAUGCGACAAUUUUCCGCACUACCAGACCAACCCAAACCUGUUCUUCGCUCAUAUCAACACAUAUUACGCAUUAUACGUCAAAGGUUACCCGGAUGAUGAAUUGGGAUACAUUCUACCCUCGGUCGCGAAUGUCCUCAAGGGUCUACCGGAUUGGACAUUGAGCGAGGACGAGCGAAGUCUCACGCUCGACGGAGGCAGCAAUGAGCAAGAGCGGAGCAAAAUUGUAGCUUCAACAACCAAGGCCAUGGCCGCGACCGGUCAUUUCAAAGUAUUGAACAAAUGGAGAGAUGAGCUCUACCCUGUAUAUGGACCAAAGGGGAUAGUACUCUUCAACAUCGAAAGAGCAGCAACUGCCCUGUUCGGGGUAGUCACAUACGGCUGCCAUAUGACAGCAUACACCAAGAGAAAAGGAGAAGAUGGCAAAGAAGAGAUCAAAGUUUGGGUCGCUAGGAGAUCUGCAAACAAGCAGACCUACCCAGGAAUGCUAGAUAACACGGUGGCCGGCGGCAUUGCGACCGGAGAAAAGCCCUUCGAGUCGCUGGUCCGAGAGUGCGCCGAAGAAGCCGGUCUGUCGGAGGACACUGUUCGAGCAGGAGCCAAGGCGACGGGCAUCGUGUCAUACUUCCACAUUCGCGAUCACCGCGCAGGAGGUGAGACCAGAUUGCUGCAGCCCGAGGUGCAGUACGUCUAUGAUCUUGAGCUGGCCGAGGAUGUGAUUCCCAAGCCAGCUGAUGAUGAAGUAGAAGGCUUUGAGCUGCAAAGCAUCGCCGAGGUCAAGAAAGCCCUUCGCGAUGGAGAGUUCAAGCCCAAUUGCGCACUGGUCUUGCUCGAUUUCUUCGUCCGCCAUGGCUUCCUGUCCUACGAGGACGACGAGAAUUACACAGAGAUCGUGUCAAGACUGCAUCGGAAGUUGGAGUUUCCAUUGCCGGGAGUCGGAACAGCUCGCAAUCUCGCGGCUACCAAUGCGUGAAAUAUGGUGAAGAGUAGGAUUUCAUCCGGUUUAGCAGAGCAAGGCAUGAUAAUGAUACCCAUGAAUUACCAGAGUAUGCCUUGGGAAUGUGCAAAGACCAGAUCCUGUGACGUGACGGUCGUGGCUCAACAAUUUUCCGAGCGAUCAUUUAUUUCUUCAUGAGGAGGUAGACGUAGUCGAUCUUGAGCGGCGAGAGCUUCUUGUAGGGGCCGUCCAGACACAUGAGUAAGCCUCCGAACGAGACGUAAACCUUUCUGCGAAACGGAAGCAAUCGUUGUCAGCACUCAAGUCUCCGCACCAGCCCCAUUCCAACAGGAAAAAGGAAGAACAACUCACAUCCUGUCCCCGGUCUCCGGAUCCUCCACCUUAUACACCUUCCCGUAACAGACAUAAUCCCACAUAUCCGCCAACGAGGCCUCAUUCGGUCUGUUCCCGCGCCAU